UGCUCCCAGCGAUAAGAAGCCGGGCUGCGUCAUGGAUCAAGCGCAAAGCCACAAAGCCAUAGGUACCGGUACCAGAGCAGGUGACAGUCGUCCGCCAUUUAGUCAUCUGGGCACCCCGCCUCUCCGUCCGCCAGACAGCCCGCCAGCAGCCAGCAGCCAGCACCCGUGCAACGCAAGCCCCCCCAGCUUAACAAGGCCAUCACCUUUCUCCAACUCAACUCAACUCGACCUUUCUUCCUCCAACAACCAUCAUUUCCAUCACCCAGGAGAGACAUACCCAGACGCCGCAUCCAACACCUACACAGCACUUGCUAGCAACCCAGCCACAGCACCCAGCCAACACCGACAGCCAGCAACAACCAACCCGCCAAAAUGAGAUCCAAGUUUAAGGACGAGCAUCCCUUUGAGAAGCGCAAGGCCGAGGCCGAGCGCAUUCGUCAAAAAUAUGCUGACCGCAUUCCAGUUAUUUGUGAGAAGGUUGAAAAGAGCGACAUCGCUACCAUCGACAAGAAGAAGUACCUCGUUCCGGCCGAUCUCACCGUGGGCCAGUUCGUCUACGUUAUUCGCAAACGGAUUAAACUCUCUCCAGAGAAGGCCAUCUUCAUCUUCGUUGAUGAGGUCCUGCCUCCAACCGCUGCUCUCAUGAGCAGCAUCUAUGAAGAGCACAAGGAUGAGGACGGAUUCCUUUACAUCACAUACUCGGGCGAGAACACCUUUGGUGGUUUUGAGACUGCCUAAAUCGAUUUUUUUUCCUCUAGACGUUUUUAAUGGGCGUUGCCGGCACUGGACUUCGGGUAUGAUGGGUCCUUUCACUUUCUACCAGUUGAGAGGGAGAGAGGACGUUGGGAAGAGCUCUGGUUUUUGUCUCUUGCGUUGCAUUUUUGUCUGUUCGGUUCCUUGGGUCUGGGAUUAUCUCGCACACACACAUGGAGAAACUGGAGAACUAUCGUUAUGUUAUCGAGGCAUGGGGUAUUUGGUGAAGAGUGGGAACGCAGACGGCAGAGAUGACGGCUUCAGCGAUGUAGCCUCGUCUUGCCUGCAUUUGAGUCUUUGUUAGACAGCAUAUUUUCUGGGAAUUUCUGCCUUCGCCAUCGAUGCUUCACCGCUGCCCGUUGCCCUGUACCUAUCCUCUUGUUCCUCAUUACUUCAACUAGGCGGUGUGGCCUGAGCCGUGUUACACUUGACAACAGGGCUGGAGAUAGCCUCGCGAGCACCUAUCUGGUGGUGAAUCUCGGACUCGCGCUAUAGCUCAAUCCAACGAACCUGAUUUUGUCUCGCAGCU